AUGUGGGAGCCGUUUGAGAAGUUGUGGAGUUCCCCGCGGGAACUUUCUUUGAUUUUGGCCUGCGAAUAUGCCGAUUCCUUCAGCAGCUUCGCGCUGGACUACGUGUUGGUGUUGUACUUGAGCGCGGGCUUCGGGCUGAGCGACGUGGCCGCCAGCUGGGUCUACGGACUCUACGGCUUUUCCUGUUUGUUUUUCGGCCUUUUUUUCGGCCCUUUCGUCGAUUUUCUCGGAGUCCGGACUUCCCUGCUGCUCGGAACUGCAGCUUCCUUCGCCGCCCGCCUGCUGCUGGUCUUCGCCGCCGACAGCGUCGCUCUCUUCAUCGCUCUCUUGGCUCUUUUGCCGAUGGCUGUGGCGCUCACCGCCAACGUUUUGAAGUUGGCCGUGCGGCGCUUUUCCGCAGCGGGCUCUCGCGCCUGUGCCUUCGACUGCUCAUACCUCGUCACCAACUCCGCGGCCCUCAGCGCCGCCCUUCUCCUCACAGCCACCCGCGCUAUGGUGCCCCCCAUGGGCCAGCCUUUCCGCCCUUACCUCUUUUUCGCCUGUCUCCCCGGGCUGCUGCAGUUCGUCCUUUGCUGCUUCCUCAGAGACUCUCCUGCUGCUGCUGCUGCUCCUGCUGCUCCUGCUGCUGCUGCUGCUGCUGCUGCUGCUGCUGCUGCUGCGGAGCAGCAGCAGCUGCUGCAGCAGCAAAUGGAACCCGAAAGCUCGCCUUUGAACACAUUUCGGCAGCACUUUCCCCAAAGUCUUCACUCGCUGUGA